AUUUUCCGCAACGCUGCUGAGUUGUUCUUGGCGCACCAACACAAACAACAAAACACACAAACAGUGAAAGCAGCAACCAACCUACGCCCGCUGCAUCACCCCCCAUCCAUCUUCGCAGGAAAACAGCGGCAGCAUGUCGUCUUCCGAGGACACGCAGGAUGUUCCUCAGGCAGUUGAAGAGGAGGCACCCACCACUGAAGAGCAUGAACAAGCCGUGGAACAACAACAACAACAACAACAACAACAGCAGCAGCAACAGCAGGCUGACGAGCAGCAGCAACAGCAAGGUGCCACGGCUACUGAGGCAGCCAAACCUGACGAGGAGCCAGAGGCCGGCAGCAGCGACGACGACGCUGAGGAGGAGGCAGGCGAGAUGAGCCAACCCGAAAGCGAUCGGGGUGAGAACGCUACCCCAAAUGCCGCUGAGACAACCUCCAACGCCGCUGAGGCUGAACCCCCAACUCAGCCAGAAGCAGAACAACAACAACAACAAGCAGCAUCGACAGCGACGACUGAAACCCAGCAACAGGACGACACGCCCAAGGAAGAGGACGACGCCUUCUACGCACCGCCACCUGACCAUGUCACGGGUGAAGUGGGCGACCUUGCCAAGCUCACAAACCUCAACGAACAGACGCUGCUGAAGGAGAUCAAGGUGCGCUACGAGCGCGACAUCAUCUACACCUUCAUCAGUGACAUCCUCAUUGCUGUCAACCCGUUCAAGCAGCUUCCCAUCUACGGCACGAACACGAUGGUGACGUACAACAACCAGCCGCGCCACAGCGUGGACCCGCACAUCUACGUGAUUGCAGACGCCUGCUACCACAACCUCUUCACCAUGAAAAAGAACCAGUGCGCCGUCAUCAGCGGCGAGUCUGGCGCGGGCAAGACGGAGAGCGCAAAGCUGGUAAUCAACUACAUCAUUGAGCUGUGCCGGGACGUGGACCCGUCGACCUCCGAGCUCAACCUCGAAGAGCAGAUCCUCAAGAUCAACCCCCUGCUUGAGGCGUUUGGAAAUGCGCAGACGGUGAUGAACGACAACUCAUCCCGAUUUGGAAAGUACACGCGCCUCUACUUUGAUGCCGCUGGUCGCGCCAUGGGCGUCGAAAUCUCGGAAUAUCUUCUCGAGAAAUCGCGCGUUGUCGAGCAGGCGUUUGGGGAGCGCAACUUCCACGUGUUCUACUACCUCUUUGAGAGCGCCGAUAAGGACAAGUAUCACCUCACCGAAACAACGGCAUUCAACUCCCUCGGCGGCAAGCCCUGGCUCGACAACGCAGACAUGUACCGCGAGCUCAAGGAGGCGAUGGAUGUCGUUGGCUUCAGCGAUGAGGACCUUGACAACCUGUUCAGCACGCUCGCUGCCGUUGUUCAUCUCGGCAACGUUGAGUUUGAGGCCGCGGGCGAGCACGCGCAGAUGAAGGAUGGCCCCGCGCUCGCACACGCCGCUGACCUCCUGAAGGUGUCACCUGAGGACCUUGCGAGUGUCCUGCUCGGCUUUGACACGGUCACGCGCGGUGAGAAAAUUCGCCGCUUGUACGACGUCGACCACGCAUACGACUGCCGCGAUGCCCUCGCAAAGGCGCUGUACGGGAGCAUGUUCGGAUGGAUCGUCCAGCGCAUCAACGAGAUGCUCUCCCCGGAACUGCAGCAGCUCAAGAUUGCAAAGGGCCGCCCCGGUGCUGCGAGCCGCGUUGCACCGACGUACGAGAUUGGUGUGCUCGACAUUUUCGGUUUUGAGAACUUUCAGGACAACUCGUUUGAGCAGAUUUGCAUCAACCUUGCGCACGAGCAGCUGCAAUACUUCUUCAACCAGCACACGUUCCGCCUUGAGCUUGAGGAAUACGAGGCCGAAGGGAUUGAUGGCGCAUCCAUCUCAUACCGCGACAACAAGCCUCUCCUCGACAUGUUUCUCCAAAAGCCCAUCGGCAUCCUCACGCUUCUUGAUGAGGAGUGCGCAUUCCCUCAGGCGACGGACCAGUCGUUUGUGGACAAGCUCAACAAGCACUUCAAGGAUGUGCCGGCGUUCCUGCCUGUGAAAGUGUCGCGCGGGCACCCCGCAUUCACCAUCCAGCACUUUGCGGCCGACGUGGAGUACAACGCCACCAACAUGAUUGAGAAGAACCGCGACAACCUCGCCGCAGACAUUGUCAACCUCAUGCGCACGUGCGACCGCGGCGUUGUGAACGACGUCUUCAAUGGCGAGAUCCUGCCGACGGGCCAAAUCCGCGCCGUCCAGCAUGACGUCGAGCGGCGUGUGCGACGCGGACAGGAGGUUGAGUCACCUGCCAAGCGCAGCAACAACACCGCCAACCGACGCACACCGUCACUCUCCUCGCAGUUCAAGAACUCCCUCUCCAUCCUGGUGGAGCGCAUGAACGCGUGCUUCCCCCACUUUGUGCGCUGCAUCAAGCCAAACCUUGACCAGCGCCCAGACAAAUUCAUCGACGAGUUUGUUCUCAAGCAGCUUGGCUACACAGGCGUGCUUGAGGCAACCCGUAUCCGCCAGGAGGGAUAUUCCUGGCGCCCGGCAUUUGCCGAAUUCGUCGAAAGGUACAAAAUCAUUGCAUUCCCUGUGACGAAGCUGAACCAAGUGAAGCAGACGGAAGCGACGGCAGUGAAGAUCAUCCAGUAUGCGGGUCUGCAGAACUGGAAGGUUGGCAAAACAAAGCUGUUCCUCAAGUACUACCACCUCGACCUGCUCGAGAAGGCCAUGGAGAAGUUCUAUGACGACGUCGUCCGCACCCAGUGUGCUGUGCGUUCUCACUUUGCGCGCAAGGUCUUUAAAAAGAAGCAGGAGCGCGCGCGCAUGACUGCUGCACAGCGCGCGGAGGCCGAGAAGCGCGAGGCUGCGCAACGAGCGAUUGCGGAAGCGAAGCGCCAGGCGGAGAUAGAGAAACUGCUUGAGGGCCAACGCCUCGAGCGCGAAAAGGCCGAACUCGAAGCCCGCAAGGCUGAGGAAAUCAGGCUGGCGCACGAGUUGGAGGCGAAGAAGGCCGAGGCCGAGGCUGAGCGUGCGCGUCAGGAGGCCCUGCGUCUGCAGCAAAUUGAGGACGCGGGGGAGGCGCGCCGGCUCGCCGAGCUCAAGGCCAAGGAGGCCGAGGAGGCCCAGCGCGAACGAGAGAGGGCACUGGCCGAGGCCGAGCAGAUGAAGGCCCAAAUUGAGGCGAAGCAGCAGGAGCUGGAGCUCCUUGCAAAGGCUGCUGAGGAGGCCAAGCGGCAGAUUGAGGCGGCGGAGAAGGAGGCGAAGAAGCAGGCUUUUAUGCGCACGAAGUCACGCAAGAAGCGCCAGGCCGACGCGCAGCUGCGGGAAAAGCUUGCACGCGAGAAGUACGAGGCCGAGGCCCGCGCUGCUGAGGAGGCCCGUCUCGCCAGCGAAAAGGCUGCCGCGGAGGCACAGGAGCUCGCGAAGAAGAAGGAGGAGGAGUACCGCCUCUCUGUGAUGCAGAAGGAGCAAGAGUUCAAGGAGAUGAUGGAGAAGAUAGAACAGGAGCGCCAGGAAGCCCAGCGGAAGGCCGAAGAACAAGCGCGCCUUGCCGAUGAGAUGCGGCGUGCGCGGGAGAAGGCCGAGGAAGAGGCCCGUCUCGCCGAGCAGGAACGCAUGGCAGAGGAGGCACGACUCGAGGCAGAGCGCGCUCGCGAGGAGAAGGAACGCAGAGACGCGGAUUUCCGCCGCCCCGAAUUCUCCUUCAAGAAGCGCGUGACGCAACUUAUGGGUCGCCCGCCAAGCACCCCGGACGUGAACGUGACUGAUCGCAUCGUGCAGGGCUGGAUGUACAAGCUCGGCAACAUGAAGAGGAGUUGGAGGCACCGCUGGUUCGUCGUCGACCUCAACGACAUGACUGUCAAGUACUAUGCUUCGGAGAACGCCCGCAAAGAAAAGAACUGCCUCCCAAUCGAUGAGCUGCAGCGCGCGUACAAGCCACGGCCGUCGAGCCUCGUCGCCCACAAGUUUUCGCGCCAUCAGGACGUGAUUGCGCUUGAGACGCCGCUGCGCAUCUACUACCUCGAGUGCCCGUCACCCGAGGCCCUGGCCACGUGGUACAACGUCCUGUCCAUCCUCACAAACCCGGCGCUCCAAACAAGCGACGCAUGAGCGCAUGCCUUACCAUGCUGCUGUCUACUCUUGUUUGUGGUUCGUUUCCGUUUGUUUGGUGUGCGGUUGAGCGUUUUGCUUGAUGUGCGGUUGAGCGUUUUGUUUGUGUACACCUUUUUUGGCCUACGUCUCCCCCCCCCCCCCACACGCACACAC